AUGUGGGUGCUAGAGGGCGACGAGAUUAUUGCGGUCGAUGGUGUUGAUUGCCGGGCCAACAUAGAGAAGAUCGUCGAGUGCAUUCAGGGUUCGGAGUCUGAUUCGGUCACUUUGACGCUCAGCCGACACUACUUGAAGGUCCCGAAAGGCCCGGUCAAGGUGGUCUUCUCUCCGAGCGGCAACAUGGUCAGUGUGCCCCGCGGCACCCCUCUCAGAAAGGCCGCCGCCAUGGCCAACGAGAUUCUCGUCUGCGAGGUGUACAAGGAAGCGGGCACCGGCAAGAACUACGAGAUGAGCAAGGACGAGGCCCCUCAGGCUUGGGACAACACCAUGCCGAUGACGCUCGUCCCCGCGCCCGGGGAGACCAAGGCGAAGGCGGUUGAUGAUACUCUCUACGGCGGGACCAGGGUGAUGGACUCUGCUCCCGGCACACUUCCGAGAUAG